UCUGAGUAGACCACUGGGACACUUCAGUAUGGGAAAGGUGACCAGUGAACCCCAGAAGCCUAAUGAAGAUGUGGACAAACAGAGCCCAUCAACCUCAAGUACCAAAGGGAGGAAGAGGGGGAAGACUCCCUGUCAACGAAGAUCCAGAAGUGGCGUUAAGGGCCUAAAGACCACCAUGAAGGCAAAAAGACCCCUUCGAGGGAGCUCGAGCAAAAAAGCCUGUGAAACUAACACCCCUGCAAGAAAACCUAAGAAAGCUAGAAGACCAAAAAUGAAGAAAGAAGAGGCUGACAAAGACCAAAGAGAGACCUCAGCUCUGUGAUGUCUCUAGAGGUCUGCCACUGAAAAGUCAUCAAUCAUACAGUCAGUGAAUUCUACACCAACGGGUUAAAACCAUGAAAAUAAAAUCAACCUGAAUC